AUGCCUUCCGACGCUCCCCAGGACGGUGCCCCCGCACCCAAGGUCGACUUCACAUCCGCCCUCGCAAAGGUUAAGGCUAUCGCCGCAAAGCUCGGAAGCUCAGCCUCCACCGCUGCUCCUGCCAUCCCCGCUACUGCCCCUUCCACUAGCGCUCCUCCCAUGAUGAAGCGCCCCUACGAGGACGACUCUUAUGGCCAUAGCGGUCAUGGUGGUCACGGCGGCCACGACAGCCGAGGCGAUGAUAACAGCUACGGAAAGAGAAUGGCGUAUGAAUCAGGUAGAGAUUCUGGCCCAAUGCACCGCCCUGGCCUCGGAUCCCAGGUCUCGCACUAUGCUCCUCCUAUGCGCAACGAGCACCAGGUUCAGGAGGAAAUGGGUGUUCCUGGAAACCUCGUUGGUUUGAUUAUCGGACGUGGAGGCGAGAACUUGAAGAGAAUCGAGCGUGAGACUGGAUGCAAAGUGCAGUUCUCUCAAGAUGGUAACCCUAACGAUCGUGAGCGAUUUGUCAACAUUGUUGGACAGCCUGCCGGCAUUGCUGAUGCCAGACGUCAGAUUCAGGAAAUCAUCACAAGCUCUCAGACCGGAGAGCGCCCCGGUGGAUAUGGCGGAUUUGGAGGUGGAGGAAACUAUGGCAUGGGUGGUGGUGGUGGUGGUGGUGGCGACGGAUAUGGCCGUGGAGGCUCAUCGUCCACUAUCCAGAUUCCCAGCACCAAGGUUGGCCUUGUCAUUGGACGUCGCGGAGAGACCAUCCGCGACUUGCAGGACCGCAGUGGUGCCCGCAUUGCGGUUACCCCUACCCCUGAGGACCACAACUCCCCCUCAAGAACUGUUACAAUCACUGGAGAUGACAGCGCCAUCGAGCGCGCCAAGACUUUUAUCGACGAAAUUGUCAACGACAUGGCACCCAGAGGCGCAUACGGUGGCGGCGGAUUCCAGAACACCCCUCCUGUCACCAUGACCGUCCCCCAAGAGUCGAUCGGUUUGGUCAUCGGACGAGGUGGAGAGACCGUCAAGCAGCUUCAGAUCCAGUCCCGUGCCAAGAUUCAGGUCCAGCAGGUCGACCCCAGCGUACCAGCCCCUGCUGAGCGCACCAUCAACCUCUUUGGACCUCCCGAGGCCGUCGAAUACGCCAAGCAACUCAUCAUGGAGAAGGUUAACGGAGCGUCAGUGGGCAACCAGCCGUUCAGGAAUUCAGGAAUUCAAUUGAAACGCCUUUGCACUCGGAAUUGUAUCAAGGACAACGACACUUGUUCUUCGGAAUAUGUUUGCAUCGCCUGGACUGCUUCUCUUCACUCUCGCAUCCUUCAGGAUACGUUUGCAGCGUCAUUGUCCCCUGCAGAGCAUGGAUCCGACCCUACCGACGCCGUUCAGACCGACGCGAUCCAAGAUGAGAACCUCCCUUGUCUUGCACAUUGGGUCAAUCGCGACAACGAUCGCUAUGGAAGCCGUGACCAAGGAGGAUAUGGAGGAUCGAGCGGUGGAUAUGGAGGAUACAGCCAGCAGCAGUCAUACCAGCAGCCAGCACAGGCUACGGGAGCAUACGGUCAGCAAUACGGUAGCGGAUAUGGAGCUGCUGCUGCACCCGCUGCCACCCCUGCUGCCAGCACCUACACUCCCGAGCAGCAGGCUGCUUAUGCUCAGUACUACGGUUACCAAUACGGCAGUGCCGCUGCUGUCCCUGGAGCUGAUGCCACUGCUGCUUCGUCUGCAGCUGCCGUACCUGCUGUCGGUGCUGAUACCUCGUCAUAUGGCACCUACGAUUACUCUCGCUACGGUCAAUACGGUACCGCCGCAGCCUCGUCAGCAGCCCCCGCCACAUCAUCGAGUGCUGCUGCCGUGACAUCUACCCCUAUUGGUGAUGCCGCUAUCGCCUCUUCUGCCGCUGCUCCCGCUGCUGCAUCAGCAGCUGGUGGUGCUGCCGCCACUGACUAUUCUGCAUACUAUGCUCAGCAGGAGGCUUACCAGCAGUACUACAGCCAAUACUAUGGAUACCAGGCACCAGCUGCUGAUGGCUCUGCUCCCGCUGCUGCUGCUAUUGCUGCCAAUGGUGGUUCGGAUGCCUCCUCUGCUGCCCCUGCCUCUGGUUCUGAUGACAAGGCUAAUGCCUCUUCCUCUGACGCUGCUGGCGCUGACUCCACCAAGGACCAGUAA